AUGAUCGCGCCGCCAACAUCCAGCAACCCGCUCUCGCCCAGUCAGACGCUUGUCGACGGCCGCGUCCCCCAAAGAUACUCGGCCGCGCGCCGCUACGUGCUUCUCCUCAUCUUCUGCCUUGCACAGUUCCUCGACUCCAUUAACAACUCCGCGCUCUUCUCGGCCAUCCCUGACCUCGAGAACUCCCUGGGCAUCACAGAGGCCGAGUCGACCUGGGUCAUCUCCGCCUUCCAGCUCACCUUUGCCUCCUUCCUCCUCAUCAGUGGCCGCAUCUCUGAUGUGUACAACCCGAAGAUUGCCUUCACCGGCGGUGUCGCCGCGCUCGGCGUCAUUUCCGUCGGUGCGGGCUUCGCAAAGGACAAGAUUGUGAUCAUCGUCCUCCGCGCGCUGAGUGGCAUUGCUGCCGCGAUGACCAUCCCCUCUGCGCUCGCGCUCCUCGUCAACGUGUUCGUCGAGCCCAACGAGCAGGCCCGCGCCCUUGGUCUCUUCGGUGGGUGCGGCGCUGUCGCUAACGUGCUCGGCCUGAUCAUCGGCGGCAUCUUCGUGCAGUUCGCCAGCUGGUCCUGGGUGUUCUGGUUCGUCGCUAUCGUCGCUGCGUUCGUCACCGGCAUGUGCCUGCUCUUCGUUCCGUCCCAAGAGCCCAAGGUGCGCCUGGCGUCCGCCGGCCCGCGCUGGCGCUCGCUCGACCUCGUCGGCGUCUCGAUCCUUACCGCCGCGCUCAUCCUCUUCAUCUUCGCGAUCACGUCCGGAAGCGCGGAUGGCUGGGCGACCGCCGCCGUGCUCGUACCGCUGGUCGUAUCCAUCCUGAUGGUCGUUGCGUUCUUCUGGUACGAGACGCGCAUCCCGCCCGAGACGGCAGCGGUCCCCCCGCAGACGUGGUUCCGCCCGAACUUCGCGGUGCUCUUUGGAACGGCGCUGCUGCCGUACUUCUGGUGGACGACGAUCUUCACGGUCUUCACGCUGCUGUGGCAGGAUGACUACGAGUGGUCCGCGAUCUCGACCGCGAUCCACAUGAUCCCGAUCGGCGUGCUCUCGUUGGCAUGUCUUUCACGGGCCCGCUCGCACGCAAGAUCAACCCGAAGUGGAUCAUCAUGUUUGGCGAGAGCCUCUAGUGUCGCUACGAUCCUCCUCGCGUUCGCCGACGGCCCCGAGAAGUACUGGAGCUUCAUCUUCCCCGCGUUCAUCCUCGGCAGCGGUGGCGCUUCGCUCACUUACACCCACACCAACAUCGCGAUCUUCCGCACGUCCCCCUCCUCCAUGGCCGGCACGGUCGGCGCGAUCUUCAAUGGCGCGCUCCAGCUCGGGUCCGCCGUCGGCAUCGCUGCUGUUGACUCUCUGGAGGAUUCCAUCCAGCUAAGCGAACCCAACACGCCCUACGCGGGGCAGCGCGCCGCCUUCUGGCUUCUGCUCGGCGUCGUCGUCGCGGAGCUGGUCGCGAUGGCAGUGUUCUACCGCACGGACCGGGAGCUCCGUGGCCCGCAGGGCCUUCGGGUCGCGGGCGAAGCGCAGGGCAAGGGCGUGGCGGAAGGGGUGGACGAGAAGAUGCGCGACGUCGAGGGGAAGCUCGCCGAUGCGGAGGAGGGUCUUCGCGCUGGGGCGGCGGACGUGCAGGGCGACCCGGAGCAGCAGGGCAAGCUCGCCGUACACAUGCGCGCGGGCCGCGUCAUGUCUGGCUUGACGGGUAUGGUGGAGGCGGCCCGCGCCCAUGGCCAUCUUGGGCACGAAAGCCCCGGUGGCCCCGGCAGCCCGGUGAGCCCGCAGACGCCUGCGUCGGACGUGACGCGCGUGUGCUUCUUUGCCGUCGACGAGGAGAAGCGCUUCACCGACGGUGGCGGCGGUGACGGCUACGGCAAGGGGGAAGAUGAUGAUCUCCGGAAGGAGGCGGAGGUGGAGGAGCGGCGGGUGGGAAACUCGCCUGUGUGA